AUGGAUGGUUAUUUUAUGAAUUACCAAAAUAAUAACCAAAAUAAUAACCAAAAUAAUAAUAAUAAUAACAAUAACAAUAAUAAUAAUAAUAAUAAUAAUAAUAAUAACAAUAAUAAUAAUAAUAAUAACAAUAAUAAUAAUAAUAACCAAAAUAAUAAUAAUAAUAAUAAUAAUUCAUCCUCUGGUACUCAUCCAUUACUAUCUCAAUUAGGUGGUGGUAAUACAACAAGAACGUCGCCAUUUUUUUCAUUGCUUAGAUUAACAUCUCAAGCCAAUCUUCAAGAUUUAUUAAAUGGAACAUUAAAUGAAAAUAAUAUACAUAAUAAUUCAAAUAGUAAUAGUAAUAGUAAUAGUAAUAAUAGUAAUAAUAAUAAUAAUAAUAGUGGUGGUGGUGGUAGUAGUGGACAUUCAAAUAUAGGUAGUUUAACAAUUCAUCCUAGUGAAAUCAAUGAAUUACUUACACAUUCUAUAUUAUCAAAUUUCCCAACAACUACAACUAUAUCAAAAGGGGUGUUUGGUAAUGCAACAUUUUUUGAAACACAUCAACGUGCUGUUAAAGGUGUUGAUUUUUCACCAAAUGAUCACCACAUAUUUUGUUCUGCAGGAUUGGAUGGUAAAUGUAAUAUAUAUGAUGCAAGAUUUGGUAAAUUGAAAUCAAGUUCAAUUAUAUCUUAUCAAGGUACUGUUAAUUUUAGUGGUUUAAAAUUUUUAAAUGGUGGUAAUAAAAUAGCAUUAUCAACAAGUUCAAAUAAAUUAUUAAUUUUUGAUGUAGAGAAAGCAGCAGUAGUGCAAUCAUUUGAUAGGUGUUGUUUUUCAGGACCAUUUAGAACAUCGAUAGCGAUAGAUCCAAGUAAUAACAAUCUAUUGGUAACACCGAAUAUAACGGGGAAAGGAUUGUCACAUAUAGAUAUAAGAUCAGCGACACCCAUUAAAAAUAUUGACCAAAUUCAUCAGAAUACAAUCAACGAUAUUCAAAUACUAAAUCAGCAAUGGUCAAGACAUUUUGGUGGCACCAAUUUGAUAAUGACUGCAUCAUCGGAUUCCUCUGCAAAGAUAUUGGAUUCUCAAAAGAACACUUUUAAACAAUUUGAUUUCUCUUCUCAUCAAAAUUCAAUAACAGUUUCACCAGAGUCACCUCCAACCAAUAAUAGUAGUUGUUUGUUGGUCGGUGGCGAUAGAUUAACGGUUUUCCAAAUCGAUGGUUCCAUUUCAAAUGUUUUCUUUAUACCUCAAUCGAAAUCAAUCAUGAAAUUACAUUAUACAAAUAAUGGUACAAGACUGUUUUUAUCUUGUAAUGAUGGUAGUCUAAGAGUAUUAAAUAGAUCAAAUUUAAAACAUGAUCAUUAUGGUACAGUUUUUAAACAUUCAAGAGAAAUUCAAGAUUUAUCAAUUUCUAAAAAUGAUGAAUAUUUAGUAACAGCAUCAACAGAUUCAAAAUUUAAUAAUAAUAAUAAUAAUAAUAAUAAUAAUAAUAAUAAUAAUAAUAAUGAUAAUAAUAAUAAUAAUCAAAUUUAUGAAGAUGACUCAAUUGAAUUUGGUGAAGAUUAUGAACAUUCUGAAGAAAUCGUUCCAUGUAAUAAUAGAAAUAAUAGGCCAUAUGGUAGUUUUAUGGUAAUAACGAUAAUAAUAAAAAUAAUAUCAAUGACUAUAAAAAUGGUUAUAAUAACCAUAACAAUAGUUUAA